CGUUUUGAGCAUCAUUAUAUAUAUCGUUCGUUGUGAAAAUAGUUGUACUCGAUUAUUUCUAUGUUGUAAAAGUAGGAUGUUCGAGUAUUCGUUUUGUAUCGCUCAUGGAAGACGUUUCUCGUCUAUUUUAUAUUAAUUAUAAGUUCGUUUUACGUCUACAUUAUGGCGUUUAUUAUAUAAAUAUAUCGAUAAAAUGAAUGUGCGUUCUGUUUAAUGUCGUUUCUAAUUAUCGUACUAUCGAAGAAAAGAUCCACGAACGAGUAUACCCCCCUCUGUUGCACAACAAGAUUGUUAGUGAUAAUGAUAAGAAAUGAUAACAGAAGCCGAUUUCUUCUUUUGGACUUUGAAUUCAAAUCUAAUUCACUCAAAUCCUGAAAAAAAUAGUGAGAAAAUUCUCUUUUAUCUAGUUAAAAUCAAUUGGUACCUUUAGCUGUUCUGUUCGGUCAUCUAUCAGUAUCAAAAAAUACUACAUUAUGAAUUAUAUUUACAAAUAUGAAGACUCAAUGCGUCAGUGUGAAACUUUAUUUACAGAAAAUAUCCUUAAACUCUGCAACUAUUCCAUGUGCCUACUGUCAUCCACGAAUUCAUCCUCCGAGUCCACUGAACGAGUUAAGGAAUACGAAAUUAUGAAGAAGAGACUUGACAGAGCUCAAGAAAAUAUUGCUAUGUUAAAAUCCGAGUACAAUGAUUUAACUCUACACCGUUCAAAGUCUGCCUCAUCUGGAAUUGAUUUUAAAGGAAAGUUUUUCAACUAUCUAGGUCGCCAAGAAACAUUGAGAUUGAAAUUCAUUGAAACAAUCAACGAGUGCAAACAUAUAAAUUCGCGUUUAGAUGAUAUUCUACAUGACUGUUCGAAUGAAGCAUUGAACGAGAGUUCUAAUAAAAAGACAUCGAAACGUGAUCGGUCGAAUACAGCUGAUGGAUUCGAUUUGUCUUCAAUUCCCAAAGUAUAUGUUGUAUUGCCAAAACUCGAUUGGGACUAUCGCGAUCCUCUUACUUCGGAUGGUCACAAUCUGGAGUCUGAUUCGUUUUCAAAUUCAUCUUCAGAUCUGAAUAGCGAUGUAGCUUUGAAAAAAUGCAACUCAACGACCAUUUUAGAAACCAAGGAAUUGAAAAAUUGGGCCUCUCGUAAACGAAAUGAAGAACCACUUGAAUGUGCCGAUUGCGGUAAAUCGUUCACAAGGAAGGAACGUCUGAAGUCACAUAUAUUUUCAAUGCAUAUGCCCUAUCAAUGCAGACCAUAUAAAUGCGAUAUUUGCAGCAAAUUUUAUUCGACUAGGAGCCAUCUGAACUAUCACAGAUGCUCGGCAUCUGCGAGACGAAAUACAGUUUCAGAUCGUCGCCAAUCCCUCGUCUGCACCAUUUGCCAUAAAAAUUUCAGAUACCAAAGUGGUCUCAAAAGACAUACGUUAAUUCAUGAAGGUCGGAAACCAUUUAAAUGCGCUGAAUGCGGUAAAUCAUUCAGAAGAAAUUAUAUAAUGAAUCAACAUAUCAAUUCAUGUCACACUCCCUAUCACACGCGACCAUAUAAGUGUGACAUUUGUGGCAAACGUUAUUCAGCUCAGUGGGAUUUAAAUGCUCACAAACGCCUUGCUGGACAUUAUUCAUCUUCAAAAUUAUCCAAAGUUUCGUCUGAAGAUGUAAAUGAUGGUGUAACUGUGAAGGAAUGUGACUCGACUACAGUUUUGGGUGCCAAGAAAGUUAGAAAAUUGGUGUCAUCGAAACGAACAAAAAACUCGGAUUCGAGUAAUCUGUUCGUUUGUAAAAUUUGUGAUCAGAAUUUCAGCAGACAGGAUCAUCUGAAAAGACAUAUUAUGGUUUUGCAUGAAUUUUCAAACUCAUUUAAAUGCGUCGAUUGCAAUAAAUCUUUUGCAACAAAAUAUGGUAUUAAACGACAUAUAGUUCUGGUGCACAUCAAUGAGCAGAGGUCUCUUGACUCUCAUCAUUAUUACUGCGCGCAUUGCAAGUAUCGAUGCCAAUCAAAAGAAAGCUUAGUUUAUCAUAUCAAGAGGAACCAUAUAUCGAAUUUAAGUCUUGGUGAAUUUAGCUGCACUGUAUGUGGAAAGACAUUUACAAGAAGGCAGUAUAGAACACUGCACGAGCAAACGGUUCAUGUCCAAAUAAAACGUUUUUGUUGUACGAAUUGUGGUAAGCGAUACAAGUACAAUAGUUGUCUUGCUAGGCACUUGAGACUUGAACAGUGUAAGCCCAACCAUUAUUCAAUAUAUUUUUUAUCAUUAGGGUCUAAUGAAUUAUUAAUCGAUGUACCACAGAAGCCGAUUUGCGAUUUUUUUUUCUUCUCUUGGACUUUGAAUUCAAAUCAUGAAAAUCAUUGUGAGAGAAUUCUCUUCUAUCUAGUGAAAAUCGAUCGAUUUAGCUAUUCUGUUCGGUCAUCUAUCGGUAUCAAAAAAUACAACAUUAUGAAUUAUGUUUACAAAUAUGAAGACCCAAUGCGUCAUUGUGAAACUGUACUUACAGAAAAUAUCCUCAAACUCUGCAACUAUUCCACGUUUUCAAACGAGCACACUGAAGAAUUGUGUAUAGCUACUGCUGCUUCUGCUUCCAAAUCGCUGGAAGUUUCAUCUUCAGAUUUGAAUAACGAUGUAGCUGUGAAAAAAUGCAACUUACCGACCGUUUUUAAAACCAAGAAAUUGGAAAAUUGGGCCUCUUCGAAACGAAACGAAGCUCCUAAUCUCAGCCAAUCGUUGGUCUGCAAAAUUAGUCAUCGAAGCAUCAGUGACAAAACCGAAGGGAAUAUGGAAAAACACAUGUUUUUGCACAGAGGUUUAAAACCAUUCGAAUGUGCCGAUUGCGGUAAAUCAUUUGCAACGAAGAUAAAUAUGAAGUCACAUAUAUUUUCAAUGCAUAUGCCCUAUCAAAGCAGACCAUAUAAAUGCGAUAUUUGUAGCAAAUUUUAUUCAACUGGGAGCAAUCUGAAGUAUCACAGAUGCUCAGCAUCUGCAGAUCUCAGUCAAUCGUUGGUCUGCAAAAUUUGUCAUAAGACUAUCCGUAACAAACGCCAGAUGAGAAGACACAUGUUUAUGCACAGAGGUUUAAAACCUUUCGAAUGUGCCGAAUGCGGUAAAUCGUUCACAAGGAAGGCAUAUGUGGAGUCACAUAUAUUGUCAAUGCAUCUGCCCUAUCAAAGCAGACCAUAUAAAUGCGAUAUUUGCAGCAAAUUUUAUUCAACUCUGACUAAUCUGAAGUAUCACAGAUGCUCAACAUCUGCGAUACCAAAGAAAGUUCCAGAUCUCAGCCAACCUUUGGUCUGCAAAAUUUGUCAUAAGACUAUCUGUAACAAACGCCAGAUGAGAAGACACAUGUUUUUGCACAAAGGUUUAAAACCUUUCGAAUGUGCCUAUUGCGGUAAAUCAUUUGCAUAUAAGGCACAUGUGGAGUCACAUAUAUUUUCAAUGCAUAUGCCCUAUCAAAGCAGACCAUAUAAAUGCGAUAUUUGUAGCAAGUUUUAUUCAACUCGGACUAAUCUGAAACAUCACAGAUGCUCAACAUCUGGGAAGAAAUCAAAAAAAGUUUCAGGUUGUACCAAGAAAGAGAACAAAAUUGUGUCUAGAAUAGGAAAGAAAGUUUCAGAUCGUCGCCAAUCUCUGGUUUGCAACAUCUGCCGUAAACAUUUCAGUCGCCAGUACACUCUCAAACAACAUAUGUUAAUUCACGAAGGUGUGAAACCAUUUAAAUGUACCGAAUGCGGUAAAUCAUUCAGCAGAAAAUUUCGUAUGAAUCAACAUAUCGCUGUAUAUCACACUCCCUAUCACACUCGACCGUAUAAUUGCGACAUUUGUGGAAAACGUUAUGCAGCUCUGUUCCGUCUAAAUACUCAUAAACGCCUUGCUGGACAUUAUUGCUCUUCAAAAUUAUUCAAAACGUCUGCAGAUGUAGAUGAUGGAGCAAUUGUUGAGGAACGUGACUCGCCCACUGUUUUAGGUGCCAAGAAAGUUAAAAAAUUGGCGUCAUCGAAACGAAAGAAAAACUCAAAUCCGAGCCAGUUUUUUGUUUGUGACGUUUGCAAUCGGAGUUGCAGCACGCGGCGUGGUCUGAUAAGACAUUUUAGUUUGCAUGAAGCUUUGAAACCAGCAUUUAAAUGCGCCGAAUGUGAUAAAUCCUUUCCAAGAAAACAGAGUAUGAAACGACAUAUAAUUCUGGUGCACAUCAAUGAUGAGAGGUCUCUUGGCUCCUAUUAUUACUGCGCGCAUUGCAAGUAUCGAUGCCAAUCCAAGGAAAGCUUAGUUUAUCAUAUCAAGAGGGAACAUGUAUCAAAUUUAAGUCUUGAUGAAUUUGGCUGCUCUAUAUGCGGUAAAACAUUUUCUGAAAGUAGUAAAAGGAGGCGUCACGAGCAAACAUUUCAUGUCGAAAAGAAACGUUUCUGUUGUAUGAAUUGCGGCAAUCGAUACAAGCACGAUAGUGGUCUUUUAAAGCACUUGGAACUUGGACAGUGUGUGCUCGAGUAGUACAGUAUGGAUAAUCUCUGCUCCUUGGUGACUGUAAGAUUGCUCUUUAUUUUCAUUUUAAUACGGCAAAUUUACAGCCAUGAGCCAUUUUACAGUGUUUUUUUUGCUUCUCAAUUAAUCGAUGUCGCUCUUAGAAAUGUGUUCAUUUUUAGCAGUUAGGUAUUCCUUAUUUUAAUUUGAGUUAGUUAUUGCAAUAGUGUCAUUAAUUAAAUUUGUUUUUUCAUUUUA